UAUGACGAGGGCUCAAGCUGCGACAAUACCGACGGCUUCUUAAGGACGUGUCAUAAAACAUAAUAUAUUGCUACUUUAGUAAAACACGUUUAGACGGUGUUUUCAACGAAAAAACUCUCCCUUGUGGCACUAGUUUGACAAGCAAUACAUAUUCAUCCGCUUCUACAUGAGUGUCAAGAGCGCAGCAGUACCCGGAUGGACUGUCAUGGCCGCCGUCGCUGUGGUUCCACAGAGAGGAGAGAAGGAAGGCAAAUGUUUCUGCUGUGUCUUUUUUCAACAUUCACCUUCUUUUUAUAUCGGCGGACGUUGACGGGACACGUCCUCAACUUCCAUCGAGUUCAUAGCACCGUGGCCACACUACAAGCUCUGCAUCUUAAGAGGCAGCAUGCAUUCAUGGUUGAGGUUUUCCUAAAGGAGUACAGAGUUCUGCAGAUUUGCAAGUAUGGAAGAAGACUUCACAAUACCUCAUGAAUCUGCCAAAAACUGCGACAUAACAGUAAUAGAGGAUGAAAAAGAAAAGGUAAAAGACUUUGUGUAUAAGCAUUUCACAGAAGUAACAGAUGGGCCACUCUUCAGUAAUGCAGAAGAACCUCUCAUUAUGGAACAUGGGAGCUGCACUAAGAAAGAUAAGACUCUCAAAAAAGCCCAUUGUAAAAUUCAGCAGGGGGCUGUUUUCUCAGGAAAAAUUCUGAGUUUUGGAUGCUCAGUGUGUAAAGAUAAUUUCACAUUUAGCCCCAAUGAUCUCCUGAAACAUUUUCGAGCAGUUCAUAAAGGAACCCUUCCUACAUACCCCUGUGACUUGUGUGAUUUUGUCACAAAUGAAUUCCCUGCUCUUCAGCGCCAUCGGAUUGAGCACAGGAAUACUCUGGUUACAUGUGAGCUCUGCAACGAUGAUGUUCAGUACUCUUUGCUUCUGCUUACCAGACACUACAUUUUGAGUCACAGCCUUAAUGGACAGUUUAACUGUGACUGGUGUGAGUUUACAACUGUGGAUGCAGGAACAUUUGUGCAGCAUAUCCAUCAUCAUAAUGAGAAUCAUUGGAAGUGUUCAAAAUGUAAACAUAUUAGCUUGAAUGAAGAGGAUCACCAAAAGCAUUUGAAAGGUCACUUGGGUACAUUCCCCUUCACUUGUCAGAUCUGUGGAUAUGGUGCAGCAAGAAGUGAGUACCUUAAAAAACACACCGCAGCUGUUCACAAAGAAGAGGCUGAUAGAAGGAAUGCAUGGAAGCCUACAGCAGACAAUGGCACACCAGCAAAUUCAUCUGCAACUGUAAAACUGUUGCUUAAAAAGAGUCGUGAAUCACAGGAGGCUCAGAGGGUGGCAAAGCUGAACUGUCUUUCCGGGAGUUUACCAAACCAAAAUGGCAGACUAAUCAAACCAGAGAUAUCUUUAGAGAAAGGCCACAACUUUUUGGAUGGGGCUGUUGUGAAAAAGGACGUCAGAAGUUGGAGCAAAGGCUCUCAUAACACAGUCAUGUUACAGGAAUGUGACAAUUCUACAAGCUCUGAUGGUGGCAGUCACAACAAUGCUAAUGGACUGACUGUUCUGAUGGUUAAGAACAAAAUCUCUCUUCCCCCUAACUGUACAACCAAAGUAAUGGGAUUCAAGAUGGUUGAUGGGAAAAAACAUUUAGUUCUCAAAGUAAUUCCAACAGCAAAGCAAGACUUGACUGCUCAGAACCAUUCCAUAGUUGAAGGUGUGGGCUUCUCAGCACUAAAUCCUGUGUUGGAUAAAAGUAAAGUCUUUAUUAACAACGAGCAGUGCUCUAACAGCAAGGGCUUAACAUCACAUUGCUCAGCUGUGUCACCAAAAAGUGCGUCUUGCAUACAGAUGGAUCAUGAUGAUAUUAUGGCAGUAAAAGUAAAGAUUGAGGAAGAGGAAACCUCUGUUUGCAACCUUAUUGACACUCCACAUAGAGAUGAUAUUGGGGACCAAACAAAUCCUUUACUAAAUGUGUCUUCGACUUGUGCAGAUACAUUGUAUCCAAUGACAAAUGAGUUGGAACAUGAUGGCCACCAAAGUAAACCAGAUGACACGGCCCACACAGACAGAAAUAAGCUGAAAAAUAACUUGAUCUCUCCAACAUACAACCAUGAUGCAUCCAGCCAUAGUAUUUCUAAAAUGAGUAAUACUACAACAGUGUGUGCUGGUAAAGUCACAGGUUUAUUCUCACCUUUAAAACUUGAUCAGGAAAGACUGCUUUCCAAAUUAGUUUUGAGAAAAACUGUUGAGAACUGUGGAGCUAUGGAUGAGUUACCAAUGAGCGAUGGCAACGAAAAACACACUAGGAAACGCCAAGCGAAUUCUGCUUUAAACACUCCGGAAAAUGAUGACCUAUCAGAAAAACCUAAUGGGGUCAGAAGUGAGAUUGAAAAUAAAAGUGGCCAGUACAAUGAAAGAAAUCUGCUGCCUAAAUCACAGCCAUCCUCACCCACCUCAAUUAGCCACAGAGAAAGUGUCAUUGGCUCAGAGAAACACACACAAAAGUCACCAAACCAAGAAGUAUUUACCUUUCACAAUUAUUCCAAGGAAACAUUUAGCAGUUCUACUACCACUACCCAAAACUUUGACAAUUAUUUUAAACACUCAGCAGACAAAGAAAAUACAUGCGAACCAUCACAAUUUGGCUUGACAUUGGAGGAGUCUCCAGAACAUUUCACGGAAAAUACAGAUGAGGAAAUCGAGGUUGAUGAGUGCAUUGCUAGUGUUGACAAUUCUCUGAGUGAGGAAAAUCCUGAGUCAGUGCUCCAAGACUUCAAUAUUAUCAAAGUUGAGGAGGACAACAUUCCAAUAUGCAUAAAACAAACUGAAACAAAGAGUAGUUCAACUACCUUGGGCAGUUUUGUGGAAGAACAUUCAGAUGCAAUUAUUACCCAACAACUUAACAAGGAAAGAACAGUAUCUACAUGUGCAACCAGUGAUUGUUUAAAACAAACAAAAACAACUUUGCGAAUUCUUCAGCUGCCAGAGGGUAAGCAGCCAGUACUCCUAAGGGCUACUGAGAAUCGAUUUGCUAUGCCAGUGCAGGUCAAGGCAACUCCAGGCUUUAAAGUUAUAACAGACUCUGCAAAUCCUCAGAUCAAUGUAUCGUACAUGAAGCCAGGGUUAGAAAAAUCAAGUAACACCUGUGGUGUUUCUUUUACUCCGAACAGCCAGAAGAUAGGUUUACCUGCAGCAAAGCCAGGAACUGCUGAAAAAGGGACAACUUUUUUCUCUGCUGUUCAACCAGGUGUUAACACCACCUCAAAUCACUACCUUAUCAACAGUCCAGGUUUUACGGGUCCUGUAAUCCUUUCAAGUACACCACAUAAUACACCUCCAGACAAAACAGCAAAGACACAUCCAACAUGCUAUUUGGUACAAAGAUCUGUCCCUUUUGUUCAGACCCCAAGUACUCCUGGCCUCAGUCUGGCAAGUACCCAGCUCCCACUGAACUCGCGACCAGUUUUGGCCAUGCCUGCAAGCUCUGCAGACAACCCCAGCACAUUGCAGACUGGUCGGCAAGCAUUCUUGCUCCGAUACAUUUCCCCACCCAAGUCAGGCCUGCUUCUGAACAACCAAGAAGUAAAGACUGGGACACAGUGCAGUCAAAGCAGUGAAGGCUCUAAAGUUAUAUUUAAAAUUGUAACACCCACCGGUAGUCUUCUUACAAGUGGUGCUCCGACCUCAAGCAAUCAACCUUUGUUUCUGGCCACCAGACCUCAGACCCAGUGUUUCCUGGUGUCUUCAAACAAAACUAAUGUAACUGCUACCAAUGGAGUGAAGAAAUUGGUCACCAUGCAAAAUAUUGCAGAGAGAGGUGCCAAGGAGUUGUGUAUGUCUCCUUCUCAGAUGAAUGUAAAGGUACAACCACGUGAAGGAGAGAAACCAAUCCUUGCUCCAAGGCCAAUUCGGCCUCCAAGCCAAAGGAAAAGGCGCAGGAAAGCCUUAUUUGAUGAGCUUCCAGCAACAGUGCAUAAGGCUAGAAGACUGUCAAAUAAAGUACCACUUGAGAAAGAGACUAUGUUAUGGAAGCCUGUAGCCAAAGAAGUGGAAAGGACACUGAGACUUGCCCCACUAAAUUCUGUACAGCAGAUCAAAUGCCCUCGUCGAUACCAGCCUGUAGUGGUGCUCAACCAUCCAGAUGCUGACAUUCCUGAAGUGGCCAAUAUUAUGAAGGUAGUCAACAGGUACAAAGGUGCGGUCACUAAGGUCUCUUUGUCUCAAAAAACGAUCCAAGCACUCUCUGAGCUUGGUACUCUAGGGAAGAAUUCCUUGACCAAAGGUGCAUCCUCUCAUAGUGACUCUCCAAGUCCUCGGCCAGUUCAGAGUUCUGUCAGAGAGCGAUUUCUCCUAAAACUGAAACUGAAGAAAAAAAGCAAAAAAAAGUAUGAGGUAGUGAAAACUUUAUCAGGUUGUAGACAAGAGUCAGUGGUGUUUGACUGCUGGUUUUGUGGUCGGCUGUUCCACAACCAAGAAGACUGGAUUGGCCAUGGCCAGAGGCAUCUCAUGGAGGCAACUAGAGACUGGAAUAAACUCUUCUAAAGGUUUUCCACCACUUCCAAAUGGGUUUAUAUUUUGUCCUUUUGAGGUGGAAUGGUUGAAGUUGUAUAUUUUUAAUGACCUUCCACUUAAUGUUUGUUUAAUUUCUGUCCAUGUAAAUACCUGAGUCAUAGUUUAUCUUUUAAGAGGUUCAUAUUCUGGUAACUUCUGUACUGCAUGCAUGAUUCACCAUGCCCAUGUCAAAUUCAACUGUGAAAAUGGUACACUGUAAUUAGAAGUUGUGGUAAGAGCACUGGCUGAAUGAAAGGGGAUAGUAUCAGCAAAGGCUGUAAGCAGAGUUGGAUUAAAUUACUCAGGUAAAUUCAUAUUAAUCUGGUUUGUCAUUUUAGUUCAUAACUUUGAAAGCAGCCUAGGUAUAGACUAAGGAGCUUUUGUAUAUUUUGUUAUCCUGCACACAAGGAUAAGAAGCUGUAUUUGUAUAGCUAACUCUAAAGCUUAUAGACAAAUUCAGUCGUUUUUCACUUGAUGAAAAAAUGCUCUGGUCCAAAUGAUUCCUUUUUGUAUGAUUAAAAUGAAGAGGGUAUAAUUUUACACUAUUCUGCUGUGUGGAUUAGUUUACAGUUUCUUUGUCAAAAUUGUGUUAACCUGUAGCAUGCAUAGUUAGAGCUGUGACUGUUCACAGCGGUCUCUUUCGUCUACCAGGUGUUGCAAAUAAAGAAAUGGUUUUCUGAAGUCCUGUUACAGAAAACAGAAAUCAUGUGUUCGUCAUACCAGGAUGCUUCAUGGUUUUCUGUCAAUACUUGAGAAAUAUAAAUAACCCGGUGCACACCCUAUGCAGUUCCCAUGCAAAUUAAUUUUUAUUGUCAGCAGCCCAGGCUGUUUGCUUGUGCUCACUUCGGGGAUCUUGUGAAUCCAUGUUUGAUUUCUGAAUUUAAUGAUAAAUCCUGAAGGUCCCAUGAUUUUAAUUCAAACUGUAGUUUUUUGGGGGGAUUUUUUGUAAGUUUAUGAAAGAAGCUGUUGGUAAAGUAUGUUUCAUACUUGAAAAUCUGAACAACAGCCUAAGAAUGUCAUUGUCUAGGGUUGUCACAUAGCUUGAGUUUGACAUCUACUUCCAAAACUUCUAGAUGCAGGAGUUGACAAAAUGGUUUGAUAAUUUGUCAUUUGAUUGGUAACAGUUAUGGGCAAUUGCAAAUGUCCGCACUGUGGGACUAAUAAAGUGUUAUCUUUUGUCUUAUACCCUGUACGCCAAUAAGUGAGAUCGACAGUGGUUAAAUCAUUGUUUCCACAGAAAAUGUAAAUUAAAAUACAUCAAAAAAUAUAUGAAAUAAAAACAUUUUAAAUUAAAUCUAUAAUGUUAUUUAGGAACAAUGAAAGAUCAAAGGGUAGUUGGCAAAGGCCUUUUUGCAUUAUCUGACCAGCAGACCAAAUCUUUUCAACUUUUGGUUCACAUAUUGUUGUAAAUUCUAAAAUAGGAGGACGUGAAACUAACAAAUAACUGCACAAAAUUCUAAUUGCCUUCACAUUUAAAUUUUUUUGAUGUGAAAGCUCACCACGUUUGUUGUGCAUGUAUUUCAAAUUAAGAGCCAUAUGGAAAAGAAAGGAAUUAUUCCAUCUGAAUUACUUACAGGCUUUUAAUGUGAAAAGCUGUACAUGAAGCCAACUUUUAUUUGACAGUAACUUAAUAUGCUUUUUUUAAAAAAGCAAAAUGGAAGCAAUUUUAAAAGCUAAGUGAAUGACAACAGUAUUGCUGUCCAAGAAGACAAACUCAAUAGUAGUGAGUAUGAACUGACUGCCAGCAGCCCAGUUUCUUACAAAUUAUGUUUAUGGAUGGAUGGAUUAUGUGGAUGUGUAUUGUACCACCUGCAGGACUGUAACUCUAGAGGUCAUGUUUACUUUCAGACUUUAUCUGUGGUCUAGGCAACAAAAGCACUUUGGUUAAGGUUAAGGAAAAACUGGUUUUGGUUAAAUGAUAACAUGCUGUAUCUCAAGUCGUUAUUUUCUGUAUCUGAGCAGAUCUUUCUCUAACCUUAACUGAGAGCUGCCAGUGCCCUACAAGACCCAUGAUUAAACCAUCCAAGUUUAGUAAUGCUGUAAUCACUCCAAGAGGAAAGCAAACUUAAAAAUAUUUUAGUCGAAAACAAAUGAAAUAUGUUAUCAGAUAUUUUAUCGAGUCUUUUAAAUUUCCGUAAAAUUAUGUUCAAAACUUAUUUACUGUUUCAAAUUAUUUAUGUAUGAACGUAUCUUCUAGGAGAGAGAGUUGAAACAUUGAAGAACUAUUUGAAUUUGUAUCAACAGCCAUUUAUAGAAAGAAUUCUUAUUAACAAAGAGUGAAAUAUGCUUAUAGAUCAGGUAAACUCACCACAUCAGAUGGUUGACUCGUCCAAAUCUGGUCAGUUAAUGCAACUAGGCAGCCAAUGUUGUUGAGCCCUGUGAAACUCGGCCGCCCACUACAAAAUGGCUCAGUUUGAGCCACUUGGACCACUACCACAGCUCCCUGGGGAAAAAAGAAUGUUUUUGGCCCUUGUGUCUGUGUUACUGCUGCUAUUGCUGGUUAAAAUAUGGACAAAUGUCAUUUUAUGAUGGGAAGGGUUGGCUGGAUCACCCUCAAAUCAUAUAACAUUUUAAUAGAAGUAUUAAAUGUGACAGCAGAAAAAAAUACAUUGUACAUGAUAUAUAAAAUUGUGAAACUGAAAUUUUUUGACCAAGGUUGGCUAUAGAACAAAACAGAGUGGUGAACCCAGAGACCCAAGAUAAGAACAGAAAAGGCAUUUUCAUACCUUUAAACUUUUCAUGGUUCAAUAAAAACAUUCUUGUUACUGUCGAAUACUGCGAGAGCUGACCCAAUAGCUACUGUUACCUUUUGUUUUCCGUGCUCUGUAGACAUUUAGUUGUAGGAGCAUCUGUGUUUGGACUCUGCAUUAACUUUCACCUUUUUAUUGUAUUAAUGCUGAACUGUAAAUCUGCUCAUUGUCAUCAAGUCCAGUAUGCUGUACAUACAUUUAUUUUAAUGUUACAUUUUUCAUACUUUUUUAUUUUAAUAAUAGCAACAGGACAUGGACUUUGUGUUUUCGUAAUAGGUUUUAUUGAUUGUAUUACAUGAUGACCGAACCUUGGAAAUUAAAAUUUAAUUCCGUUCAAUAUGCAAAGGAGACGGAACAAUGCAAGCCAUGCUAAUAUUUCAUGGGUUCACUUUUCACCAUCAUUGACUACAUUGUUUAUUUGUUUGUAUUCAGUCAUCAACAGGGCUAUUUAUUGUCAGUUUGAGUUAAUUAUCUAAAGUUGUUUCCCCAUAGAACUCCUUUAUCUAGCACCAGUCUGUUUUGAUCUAACAGGACAGAUAAACAGAGUGUUCAGUCCAUAUAUAGUGCAAUAACUCAAUGAUAACUUUCUUUUUACUCAUUUGUCAGCCCACCUCAUCUUUGAUUCUGUAAGUCACCCCCUCAUACAGACUGCUUGGACUGUUCACAACCGAAUGGAUGCACGCACCAAAUUAACUCCAGACCUUCUUUUACAGUUUUUCUGGCUGGUCCACAUGGUUUCAUUUUCUGCUUCUUCUUUGCUUCUCUCAGGCCAAAGAACUAUUUAGUUUUAUCAUGAAAAUUCAAAAAAAAAAAAAAAAAAAAAAAAAAAAAAAGUGUUCUAGUGAUUUCUAACAGUACAAGUGAGGUCAGCACUGGGAUAACUACAUAACACUCCUUUUAAGGAAUCCACUACUUGGAUCGGUUAUUUAUGUCAGUUAUACAAGCCCUAAAUUAAAAGUGAACAGAAGUCCAUUACAUAAAGAUGGUAUAUACAGCUCAGCCCUUUAGCUGUUAGGAGGGUAAUGCUCUGCUACAGCAUAUAUUGUGCUGCAGGGUUCAUUUGUGAAAUGCUGAACUGAUGAUGUACAGUGGAGUGCUCCUGUCCAGCAGGCUGAAUCUUCCCUCAUGCUAAGUGCCUCAAAUGUCCUUUGGCUUUUUGACUGUGUAUUGUAUUAUUUUGUUCAACUUACUGAUUCACUCUUCUCUAAUAAAUGUACAAACCGUCUGGAAA